CACCAGGACCAGGAGGACCACCGCAACGAACCGGACCUCAGUACACCCCCAAACCAUCCCGCAGUCAUGCCGCUAGUGAAGCGCAUCAUUGAGCCGCGGUAUCUGUGUCGCGGCGCUCUGCCUGACGGUGUUAUCAGUGAGCUGGAGUGUGUCACCAACAGUACGCUGGCCGCCGUCAUCAAGCAGCUGGGAGGCCUGAGUCGUUAUGCGGAGGACAUCUUCAGCGAACUGUUCUCAGAGGCCAACAGCUUCUACCUGAGGAUGACAAGCCUGCAGGAGAGGGUGGAGCUGCUAGCUGUGAAAGUCACCCAGCUGGACUCCACUGUGGAGGAAGUUUCCCUGCAGGACAUCAACAUGAGGAAGGCUUUCAGGAGCAGCACCAUCCAGGACCAGCAGGUGGUGUCACGGAGCUCCAUCCUCAACCCUGUGCUGGAGAUGUACCACCGCUGUGACAAACCACCGCCCCUCAACAUCCUGACUCCCUACAGGGACGACAAGAAGGACGGUCUGAAGUUCUACACCGACUCGUCUUACUUCUUCAACCUGUGGAAGGAGAAGAUGCUGCAGGCCACCGAGAACAAGCGGAAGGAGAAGAGACGACAGAGGGAGCAGAAACAGGUAGACGAGUCUUCAGGACGGGAGGUGAAAAAGGUUCGUAAAGCUCGUAACCGCCGCCAGGAGUGGAACCUGAUGGCCUUCGACAAAGAGCUCCGCCCAGACGCCCGGCUGACGCCGUCCCCAUACCACACCUCUGACGGCUCCAUGUCACCUGACAGGUCAGGGAUGUCAGACGACCUCUCCAGCCCCCUCCACUCCCACAGGCCUGAUGGGAGGGAUCACGUUGCCAUGGUGACCAACAGCACCAAUCAAACCCAGUCGCUGGACCGCGUGCUCCGGCCCACUUCUGGUUCCUCUGCAGUCACCACGGCAACAGCUCGGCAACACUCUCUAGGCCGCAACCAGCCACACCACAACCACCACACCCCCCUGGUUGGUGGUACGGCCAAUCAGAGCGGAGCCCGGACUGCUAUCGCCAAGGAGGCCAAUGACCAUCAGGCCCCUCCAGGCCCCCCGCCACCCCCUCCAUUCAUGCCAUCAUCAGGACACAUGGUGUUCCCUGCUGGCUCCCACAGUGUUGCCAUGGCAACACCUCAGUAUCCCACAGGUGCUCCUUUUAACCAAGGUGGCGCCGCCGUCCUGCCUCGCCCUUACAGCCCCUCCCCUCCCCCUCCUCCCCCGACCAACUACAUCCCCUCCCCGUCUCGUCCUGCAGGCCAAGUCCCACCCUCAGCAUUUGCAGCACCCCCGUUGCCCCCGGUGACAGAUGGCAGGAAGCCUCCCAGUGGCCAGACUGGUGCAGUGAACCAUGCCCGCAGCGACCUCCUGGCCGCCAUACGCAGAGGGAUCCAGCUGAGAAAGGUUCAGGAGCAGCGGGAACAGGAGGAGGCCAAAAAGCGAGAGCCUGCGGGUAAUGAUGUCGCCACCAUCUUGUCAAGACGCAUCGCUGUGGAGUACAGCGAAUCGGAGGAGGAUUCUGAACCCGAGGAUCAGGAGUGGUCUGACUGAGGGGGCGGGGUCCAGAUCAGCCGUGACCGCCAUAGCUGCGAGGGGAAGGGAAUUGACGACGAUGUGAUCUGCUAACCUGGAUGAAGGUUUAGAACUGUGACGAUGAUGCUGGUAUUUAUCGGUUCCUCUUAGUUAAUUCUAGUUUCCAGCUCCUGUGUUAGUUAUAUUUGAUCCACGUUGAGGACGUGAUCCAGAUGCUGAUCCAGUUUUCAGAACACCACACACAUGCACAUUUCUAUGAGCUCAGUGUGAGUCCCUCAUGUUACCAUAGAGACCAUCGUAAAGCCCAGUUUCUAGAGAGUUGUGGUUCCAGGCCGUCCAGCAGGUGGCGUCCUGAAUGAUGACAAGGCUCUAGAACCAUCCAUGUGAUGAAGUUCUGCUCCCAGGACUGGUGCUUCAGAUCAGUUGGUGCAGUUCGACAAGCUCGUCCCCCAGACCUGGUUCAGGGUCGGAGGCCCGGUGACCAUCAUACCAAGUCCUGUAGGACCCAGUUUUCCCUGGAUCGCUGCUGGGGUAAUCCAUCGAUCUGUAUCAAUAUAUUGAUUUGAUGAUGAUGAUCCAACACAUCAAACACUGGCUGUACAUUUCCAUUGAUUAUUGGUUUAUGCCGUGUUUCUGUCAGUUGCAUGUCAGUUGUGAUAAAAUAGAAGCUGUGAAGUAAAAACUGAUGAUCCGUUCCGAGUAUCGUACACAUUUGUGUCUUUUCCUUGUUUCAUU